AUGGACAGCAGGCGGUUGCAGUUGCUGCGGCAGUGGAGAUAUAUGGAGAGUGAGUAUGAGCGCUCAGAGAAGAUCUGGAAGGAGAAAGAGGUGAGGUGGAUCUCAGAAGAUCAGGAGAUGGGAGUAACAUCUGUUCCCUGGAGAGAGGAGGAGGAGGAGCUGUGGCUGGAGGAGGAGGUCUCCAGUAACAGGAAAUUGCACGAGCACCUUACAGCUGUAGAGAGUGCGAGUGGACAUGGAGUCCACGAGCUCCAACUAGAUCUCCUGCAGAGCGUCUGUGAGAGGAGACUCCACCUCCAGGUCAGGAGUACUCUGUGGCUUCAGAAGGAGGCCUGGUACACAGCGAGACAGUCCUCCAGAACCACCAUCCUGACCCUGAGGGAACAACUGAGGGAUGUAAUACUCCUGUGUGAGUACUACGAUAGAAGGCUGAGGAUCUUUACGGAGAACAGGCCCGAGUCUCCAGCUGAAGCCCACUCCCUGAAGCAGCAGCUGCUGCAGAAGGACCACAACUUGGAGGCUUUGAAGAUUGAGCAACAGGAGCUGGUCGACCUCAUGAAGAAGCAGGUUGGUGUGAAUAACUUGCCUCUGGAGGAAGAGACGCAGCAGAUCCACGUAGGAAACCAAAGAGAUUCACUGCUUAAAUCUGCUGAGGCCAAAUGUGAGGAGUGGUAUAACGAUCACCCUCAUCUAAAGUUCAGAUGGACAGGGUUAAUUCUGGCUUAUAGUUUAAAAACGGGUGAGUUGUGUACGAUAGAGUGGCACAAAAGGGUUAAACUCAGAAGUUUCUUCCUACGAUUGAGCAGAGAGCGUUUGCCUUUGGACUAUGACUCCACACUGAGCCCAGUGGCGGCUGAAGCCCUGAAGACCUUCUUCAAAGACAAAAUAAGUACAACAAAACAGGUCCGCGGCUCAGAUGACACCUUCGUGACCACUUACUGUUUAGAAACAGCAGAGGACUGCGUUAUAGACGACCACUGCAUCAGGGACUUCAUCAGUGGCUUCUUUCAGUGGAGACAGCUGUACAGAGCUGACCUGACAUGGACGCCACUAAACCACGGGAAAAGGAUCAUUCAUAAAACCACGUUUGGGGAGAAGGUGGAACGCUUCUUCAGGCCAGAGAACUUCAAGCACAAACCAAAGAUCCGUGGCAACAAGGGUUAUUUCUACAAGGUGGAGGAAGCUGCCGUCCUGGGUCCGUCCUUUUUCCAGUGGAAUCUGUUCUUGAUGAACAAUCCCAACAAACGGAUAGAGUAUUUCGACUGGACCGGCCAGAUUUAG